CUCAUAUUUCGAAAAGUCGCGGAUGUACGUCGUGAAAAAGAGCUUGCAGAGAGGAGGAAAAAUGAGCCUCAAUUGGAUCAGACACAGGAUCACCUCGUGCGAAAAAUAUUCUCGAGAUUCCGAAGAGAGCGACACGCGGCGGAUGUCGAAAAGGGCGACAGCAAGGACAGCAAGGACACCGAGAGUUCUCAUACCAAAAAACCAUCCUCCGGAGAAGAGUCUUCAGCUCCGCGUCUUCGUGCGAGCAAAUGGGGUCGUCUUCUCGGAAGUUCGAGUUUGGAUUCCGGAAGCGAAGGUGGUACCGGUACCGACACAUUCAAAAGAACAUUAAGUGCUCGUGAUUCAAGACCAAGCUCUAGUGCUGGAACAAAUAAAGUAUUUCCAAAAUUAGGUAAAUUGAGUGGUACGAUUGAGGAAGUUGCUGACGCAGAGACAACAAAAGACCCUCCGCAAACAACGACAUUGACGGUAGAAUCAAAGCAAUUGUCACUUCGACGUCUUGAGAGUUACGACGGUGGUCUUAUAACAUCACAACCUGGGCAAGAUCGAGAAAUACUGGCAGCGGUACUCGAAGUUAAAGUUGAUCUUAAACUUGAGGUACAGCGAGUAAAUCAACGGUUAGCCAAGUUAGAAGACUUGUUACAAACUGUAAUGAGUAGACUCCCACCUCCUAGUUCUCAAAGUAGUGCUGCUGGUAGUUCCCAAGGUGGAAAUGACGCGGGUACGCAAACACCCUCUAUUUUACCAGAUAAAUCAUUGCCACCUUUGGACCCUAUUCGUGAAUUUGGUGAAAGACUUCAAGUCAAAGAACUACCCACCCAUCAUCACCAUCACCAUCACCACCAUCAUCAGCAGCAGCAGCAAUCAUCCGACAGUAGAUCCAAAGAAUCGUGCACAGAAAGACUGACUGGGGGUUCUGCUGACUACAAAUUAUCGUCAAGAGAGGUAAACAAAGAAUUAUUGGAGCGUCUCACCCAGGCAUCGACGUCACGAGAUGAUUCUUCAGCUCUUGGACCACUAAUUCUCCGUAAACGGCGUAGUAAAUCCCGCAAUAAAGGUGUCGCUCCUCUUGCGCCACUUGCUACGCAACCAAUUAGCCCGACUGAUGUGUCGGAAACAACGCAGAUGCUUGAUGCCGACGAGCGCGAAUCAGCAAGUGCGGAUAAAAGUGAACGUAAAAGACCACCGCCAAGACCUAGAGAAUAUUUGUGA